GCAGAUAACAAGGGAAAAACGAAAAAUGUCGUUACAAAGGCUGACGUGGAGGAGGCGUCAACCAACGUUCAUGUCCGAGCGGAGCUUAUUCGGACAAUGCGAGAUGUGCUGUCCAAGAAGACCACUGAGGCCGUUCGUGAGCUCAAGACCACAGCAAGGGAGCCUGGUUCAAAGCCUACAAAAUCAGCCCGAAACGUCAAUGGGGAAGAAUCGACGGAAUCUGACCUUGAACGGUACAAAUCCAUUUUUGGGGAUGGGCAACUACUGAGCGGUGAAGAGAAGAGCAGACAUGGUAAAUUUGGUAGCUUCAUUGGCGUUCCAGCGCAGCGAAGGAACGAUCAGAGAGUUCUGGAAUUGAACCUGGACGAUGCUGUGGCGAAUGCAAUCAGUAAAAUAUCUGAAAACUCGUCCCUUUUUCUCAAGCGGGACGAAUUGUGUUACAACCUAAGCUCUUUCACCUCGGGGAACUUGGAAUCCACAAUCUCAAGAGUGCUUGACUGGCAUGGAAACGAUGAUGGUUAUCCCGAGAUAAGCAUUCCCACAUACUUUGAUCUAAGUCCGUAUAAAGGCCUCGUUGUUCCCAUUGAGGAAGACCUAUUGGAUGAUGAAGCUGCUGAAGAUGAUGCGCCAAUUGAAGUUCCGUCACUGUUUGAUGGCCAGGCUGCAUCUGACACUUCCUUUCCAAGUAUGGAGCCAGACGUGCAUGGGGAAGCCUUGCACUGUGAUGCUCCUGCUGGAGAGGACAAGGAAUUUGAUGAUAUUUGUGACUUAGACGACUUUGAUCUUGUGGAUAAGCUUGUUGAGGAACAUGAAGCGAAGAAGGCUGCUCGUGCAGCAGAAAAUGCUAACUUGCGAGAGGAG